UACCCCCAAUCUCCAGCCAUAUCGCUGUGGACGACUGCAUCUCUUAACAGCAGGCCUGCAAUAUCAAUCGUACACAUGUGAGCUUGAAUGAUCGUCCCCGAUAUCAUUUUCAACAAAAGUAUCAGUGUACUUAAUGUGCGCUUCGCCGUUUGCAAUGUGUUGAGUACAACGGACAACUCCAACCAUGUCACCCACUAUGCUACCUACACAUUCUCUUAUACUACCGCUUUUUAUGGGCGGACUCGCAAGCGCGGCCAACCUCUGGGCAACUCACUACUCAGGCACAAUUCACUCUCUCGUCUUCAGCGGAAUCGACUUCACGCUGAACAGCUCACUCAGUACUGGAAACAACGUCCCAAGCUGGAUCACCUAUGAUGGUCCUGGCAAAUCAUUGUACAUUGCAGAUGAGAUGUUUUCCGGAGCAGCGGGAGGGAAUCUCACCUCGUUUGCGAUUGGUAGCAAUGGCGCGUUGACGGCAAAAGGAAAGGGAUCUACUCCGCUGAGUGGGGUUGCUACUGCGCUGUACGGUGGAUCGGAUGGGAGAGGGUUCAUCGUGAGCGUUCACUAUUCGACGUCGCAGCUGACAACGUUCAAGCUGCCACUGAACGGUGGUCAGCCACUCCAGUCACUGAAGUAUACGAUGAGCGGCCCUGGAUAUAACCCAGGACGUCAAGAGGCUCCGCAUCCGCAUCAUGCGUUUGUGGACCCAACAGGGGACUAUCUCAUCGUGCCUGAUCUAGGCGCUGAUUUGAUUCGCAUCAAUAAAAUCGACAAAAUCUCUGGCAAGCUCGCGGAGUGUGGCACCGGCAAGCCUGUUCCUGGAACCGGUCCACGGCACGGCGUUUUCUGGACUCCUACGAGAUCCCAAUCGCGGAUCCGACGAGGAACAAAGGACACGACUCUAUUCAUCGCCAACGAGCUCUCCAACUCUGUCUCGGGAUGGAAAGUCUCAUAUCCCUCGGGCUCAGGUGGUUGCCUGAGCUUGACACUAAAGAACACCCUGACUCCAUAUGAGGGAAACAGUUCUGCUCCAUUGGGUACCAAAGUCGCCGAAGUAAAGGUCAAAGGUUCUUCACUCUACAUGACGAAUCGAAACGACAAGAAGUUCUCCGGAAAUGACUCAAUUACGCAGUACUCAAUUGCGUCAGACGGUACAAUCGCCUGGACAGACAACACGUCUUCUUACGGGACGUAUCCGAGGACAUUCGAUAUCAACAAGGCCGGCGAUUUUGUCGCAAUUGGCGAUCAAACAACAGCAAAUGUAGCUAUUGUUGCGAGGGAUACAAUGACUGGUAGGCUCGGUAAGCUAGUUGCCAAUUUGAGAAUCGGUACCGCCGGGACGCCAGAGAACGAGGAUGGUCUUAGUGCGGUUGUGUGGUCUGAUUAG